AUGAGUAGAGACAUGGACUCAACCAUACGGACUCAAUUCGAGCUGUACGGGCGCAUUACACGCUCGUACGAAAACUUGCGGAAGUCGGGGUCCGCCAACAUUACUGUCGGGCUGGUGGAGGCACGACUCCAAGCCCUGGAAGCCAACUGGGCGAAAUUCGAACACAACCACGAUAAGCUCACCACAUCCUGGGAGGCCUUACGCGAGACCGACUACGCCAAGAAGGACAUGUUAACGCUAACAGAGGAAGCGUACCUCACUCAGAAGGGCAUGCUCUCAGAAGCGCUCUACCGUCUCAAGUGCGAGAGAAACGAGGCGUCCGCUGCGAGCACACCGUUAUCACAGCCGCCGCAAACGACCUUGCCGAGGAUACAACUUCCUCAGUUCUCCGGGUUGUACGAGGACUGGCCGUCCUUCCGAGACCUCUUUCAUUCCCUCAUUGGAAAGGAUGUCUCGGCUAGCAACGUCGAGAAACUUCACUAUCUCAAGGCGUGUCUCAAGGGAGAAGCGGAACUCCUCAUCCGCAGCCUGCCCACAACAGGGGAGAAUUUCGACCGCGCGUGGAGGGCUCUCACGGACUACUACGAGAACAAGCGCCUGCUCGUGCGAUCGUACAUCGCGAGGUUCCUGGCUCUUCAACGUGUGAAGGGUGAGUCGAGCACAGAUUUGCGUGCGCUUUAUCACGGCGUUUUGAACACCGUCGGCUCCCUCGAGAGCAUCGGUCGACCGAUAACGAGCGGCGAGGACUUGUUUGUCCACCUCGUUGUCGAUCUCAUGGACUCCCAGUCCCGCCGAGAAUGGGAGAACGCGAUAAGCGACACGACGCAUCCACCGGCGUACAAGGAGCUGAUCCAAUUCCUCGACCGACGGCUGCACACGGUCGAGUCGCUGCAACCGUCCAAGCCGGAACCGAGUACCGCAAGACCGGGCGCGACGUCCGGGCGUUCUCCGCGCGUGCAUAAUGUACGGAAAUCGGACGGCAAUCGCGGCCAAUGCUCCUUGUGUCACAAGGAGCAUUACAUAAUGUUUUGUGACGCGUACAAGGCCAAGCCAGCGGCGGAGCGACGGCAGCACGUAGAAAAACAUCAGCUGUGCUUCAACUGUCUCGGGAAGCACAAGGUGAGUGACUGUUCGUCGAAGAAGACGUGUUCGAUCUGCGAUGCGCGUCAUCACUCGACGCUACACGACGCGUGCAAAACAACCGAAGUCGCCAAAUCAUCGCUGUCCGCGAACCGAGCUUCGAAAGCAACGUUGGCUGUGCUUCUCGCGACGGCGCGCGUCCGCGUGGCCGACAAGUUCGGCGUAUUUCACACUGCACGAGCCCUCAUCGAUCAAGGAUCCGAAGUGUCAAUCGUCGCUGAGUCACUGGUCCAGCGAUUGCAAUUGUCCCGGACUCCUGCUUCGACAGACAUUGUCGGCGUUGGCGGGCAACUUACGGGCUCUCGGGGCCGAGUCGAGCUCGCGCUCACGCCGCUGCGCGACGGUCCGCCGCUGCGGGUUUCAGCGCUCAUCUUACGCCAGCUGACGCUCUACACCGGUGGCAUUCGAGUGAGUCGCAACACGUGGCCACACAUUAAUGGCAUCGAGCUCGCCGACCCGGACUUCUUCGCAGACGACUCAGUUGAACUUCUUCUUGGAGCGGAUGUCUGCGCAACCAUUCUCCAACCCGGCCUUCGACGUGGAGGGCGUCGGCAGCCAGUGGCCCAGAGGACAACUCUGGGUUGGAUUCUUUCGGGUUCCGUCGGCACUUCAGCCACCACCCGGUCCGCCCAGACUCACCACUGCUGCAGCGACGGCGAUCUUCACGACUUGGUGCAGGAGUUUUGGCGACAGGAGGAGGUCGUGGCCAAGGCCAUUCCACCCACCACGGAAGAGCAGGAAGCCGAGGACCACUUCGUCCAGACACAUACGCGAGACACCAGCGGUCGCUUCGUCGUGCGUCUGCCUCUCAGACUGCCGCUCCCAGACCUCGCGGGAACGAAGCGCACCGCAGCCCGCCUGCUCGGGCAAAUGGAACACAAGUUCGCUCGAGACGAACAGCUGAAACAACGGUACACGGACUUCAUGCGGGAGUAUGAAGUCCUGGGGCACAUGUCCCUCGUCCAGCCGGCCGGCGCUGCAAGGCCGGCCGACUGCUACCUGCCUCACCAUGGCGUGAUGCGCAAGGGGAACUCAGCCAAAAUCCGAGUCGUCUUCAAUGGCUCAUCCACGGUUCCUUCAGGAGCCAGCCUCAACAGGCAUCUCAAGGUGGGACCCAACCUGCUGCCCGCCUUGGAGGACAUUUUGCUGCGGUGGCGAGUCCAUCGCUUCGUGCUGGCGAGCGACAUCGAGAAGAUGUAUCGCCAGAUUCUCGUUGCGCCGGAGGAUCGCCAUCUCCAGAGGAUUCUGUGGCGCUACGAGGACCAGACUGCUCCGCAAACCUACCAGCUCAAUACAGUAACAUACGGACUGGCCUGCGCUCCGUUCCUGGCGUUGCGCUCCUUACGACAACUCGCCGAUGACGAGGAGGUCCACUUCCCCCAUGGCUCAGCGGCGCUGCGCCAGGAUGUCUACAUGGAUGACAUCCUCACGGGCGCACCCUCCAUCGAGGAAGCCAUGGACCUCCAGCGGCAGCUAACGGAGCUGUGCACGGCGGGCGGGUUUCCGCUCAGGAAGUGGUCCAUCAAGGUGCCAAUCUACACGAAGCGGUCCGUCCUCUCGCUGACGGCCCGCCUCUUCGAUCCACUGGGCUGGCUAGCUCCGACCAUCAUACGGGCCAAGAUCUGGUUUCAGUCCACGUGGCUGCAAGGCGUGGACUGGGACACCCCGUUGGACGAGGCUAACGCGCAGCAGUGGAGCACUCUCCAGGAGGACCUCCCUCGUUUGGAGGAAAUUCGAGUCCCGCGACGCGUGCCCAUCGACCAUGCAGACGCCCGAAUCGAGCUGCAUGGCUUUGCGGACGCAUCCGAGCGGGCCUACGCCGCCGUCGUCUACGCGAGGACGGAAACCCGCCACGGGGAAACCACGAUUAUUCUUCUUUCAGCAAAGACCAGGGUAGCGCCGUUGAGGACGGUGUCACUACCCCGCUUGGAGCUCUGCGCGGCCUCGUUACUCGCCCGGCUAGUGGUGCACCUCCGCCAGACUCUCGGAACAGGAGGCGCGCCCAUCCAUCUGUGGUCCGACUCGACGGUCGCCUUGGGCUGGAUCCGCGGCCACCCCUCUCGCUGGAAGGUCUACGUCGCGAACCGCGUCGCCGAGAUUCAGGCGGCCUUGCCGGGAGCACACUGGCACCAUCUUCCGGGGACGGAGAACCCUGCCGACUGCGCAUCGCGGGGAAUCUCCCCGAGCGAACUAGUCGCUCAUCCCCUCUGGUGGAGGGGUCCACUCUGGCUUUCGGAGGGCCCAACGUCGUGGCCGUCAUCACGAGAGGAGGAGCUCAUCGGGGACCUGCCACGGCUCCGCGUCACUCCUGCGAGGCCAUUCUGGCGCACCGGCGUAGACUACGCCGGCCUCAUCCAGUUGCGCACAACAAAGGGUCGCGGACACCGUUGGUACAAGGCCUUUGUCGCGGUCUUUGUGUGCCUUAGCACAAAGGCCGUGCACCUCGAGGUCGUGUCAGAUUACUCGGCUGAAGCCUUCCUGGCCGCCCUGAGGAGGUUUACAGCGCGACGCGGGCUGUGUCGCAGCCUCCACAGCGACUGCGGUACUAAUUUCGUCGGAGCCGACGCGCAGCUCCGAGCCUUCUUCGCCGCGAGCAACCCAGCACAGCGCCAAAUCGCCGAUCAGCUGGCCACCGACCGCAUCCAUUGGGACUUCAACCCGCCCUCAGCACCUCACUUUGGCGGCUUGUGGGAAGCGGCGGUGAAGUCGCUCAAGCACCACCUCCGCAGGGUGCUAGGGGAGUCAACACUCACCUACGAGGAGAUGAGCACCCUCCUCACGCAAAUCGAGGCCUGCAUGAACUCGAGACCGCUACAAGCAUUGACGGACGAUCCGGACGACGUAGCGGCCUUGACUCCAGGGCACUUCCUCGUGGGAGCGGCCCUCAAUGCCGUCCCAGAGCCGAAUCUCCUGGACGCCCCAAUCGGCCGACUCUCGCGCUGGCAGCUCGUCCAAAGAAUGCGCGAUCAUUUCUGGAGCAGAUGGUCCCAGGAGUACCUCCACUCGCUCUCCCAGCGACCUAAAUGGUGGAUUCCCAACAGCGAGAUCCGCGUCGGGCGUCUUUGCCUUAUCCGGAGCGACAACACGCCGCCUACACGAUGGCCUCUCGCCCGGAUCAUCAACGUGCACCCAGGAGACGACGGGAGAGUCCGCGUGGUCACCAUCCGCACUGCCACCUCAGAGCUGACUCGUCCGAUCGUCAAAAUCGUCCUCUUGCCGGAGAGCCGCUCCGACGAGCAAGAGGACAACCCCGCGCCUCACGGGCGCAAUGCCUCUCUGGGCUAG